CAAAUCGAAUUCGCCCUCCACCUCAGGAGCAUUUCCAAAAACCCUCUCUCUCUCUUUCUCUCUUCAGGAUGGCGACUGCUCGGAGAGUGCUCCGCCACCUUCUGGACGGAGCCAACCGAGCAGCGGCCCCCCGCCUCCAUCCCCGUUUCGGCAUUCCGGCGACGUGCUCGUCUGACAUCGCCGGCGGUUGUUCUGGGAAUAGGUCGGCAGGCUCGACGAAUUCCGCCGGUAAAAUCAAUUGCCGGCGGUUUUGCCAGUCUGCCACCUUGCCGGAAACUUUCCUCUUCGGCGACCGGUUGAUCCCUAAUUUCGGGGUUCUCUCGAUCAAGAACCGGCUCCAUUUCGAGGGCCUGGCACCGCCAUUGCCGCGUGUCACCGUCGAGGACGCAAGGAAGCUGCUGCAGGUGGCGCAGAUGGAAGCCCUGAAGUCGAGGGUGAGGAGCAUGCCGGAGGACCGGAUCUCGUACGACGAGUUCCUUCGCCUGUGCGAGGAAUGCGUCGGGGGAUCGAAUCUGGAGCGCGCCAGGGACCUCGCCAAGGCCAUGGAUAACUCAGGGUCCGUCAUCGUUCUGGGCGAAACCGUGUUUCUUCGCCCGGAUCAGGUGGCAAGGGUGCUGGAAGAGGCGGUGAUGGCCGGAGAGCCGUACAGAGCGGAGGACCCACGGCGGAAGGAGCUGGAGGAACUGGAGAGGGAGAAGGCGGAGAUCGACGAGAGGGCGGUGGCGGGUGUGAGGCGGGAACUGUGGUGCGGGCUGGCAUACCUGGCGGUGCAGACGGCCGCCUUCGUGAGGCUGACCUUCUGGGAGCUCUCCUGGGACGUCAUGGAGCCCAUCUGUUUCUACGUCACCUCCUUCUACUUCAUGGCGGGCUAUACCUUCUUCCUCCGCACCUCUAGGGACCCGUCCUUCGAGGGCUUCUUCGCCAGCAGGUUCGAGGCCAAGCAGCGCCGCCUCAUGCGGCGGCGAAACUUCGACGUCGCCCGCUUCCACCACCUCCGCCGCGCCCUCCGCUCCCCAACCUCUUCCCACCAUGCGCCCCACUUCCACGACUCCCAACCCCAUUCCCUCCUUGACGGCCCCAUCCGCCAUUGAUUUAAAUAUGGGGAAGCCUUCCAUUUCUUCGUCGUGCCUGUGUAGCUAUAUAUCCUGGCUUCUAAGGCUUCUUUUUGUCUCAAGAGGGGAGGUGAUUUUUGUCAGUGUGGAGGAUGGAGAAGACUCUGUUUUGCUAUGGCGGUGGCGUGAUCUUUAUUAAGUAAACGGUUUAAAUAGUAGAUGGUUGUGUAUAAUCGAAUGAGAAAUGAUGGAGAACCUCACCAAUAUCUUCAUCUCGUCUAUUGCCUGUAAUUAAGUUGCUUCUGUGAAGACCUGAGGUUUUUUACUGCAAGUUCUGGAGUUGGAAAUUGUUUAAACAGUUUAAUUAGUA